CUUUGUAGAGAGAGUAAGGCAGGCGGAGGAAGAAGGCGGAGCAGCGGACCAGAGAGGCAACCGCCCCGCUUGCAGUGCCUUCUCGCCCAGUCUAGCAGAAAGCUACAGACCAUGGCAGAACCACCAGUAGACGAUGAAGGGGAGGAUGCUGCUCAAGGUCAAGCCAAGCACGAGCCGUCUCAACAGGCUACUGUGGCAGCCAAGAAUCUAGCCAUCCUGAAGGCCCGUUCCUUUGAUGUCACCUUUGAGGUGGGAGAGGAAUAUGAGGUCAUUGAGACCAUCGGCACUGGUGCAUAUGGUGUGGUGAGCUCGGCACGCCGCAAACAUACAGGCCAGCAGGUGGCGAUCAAGAAAAUCCCCAAUGCCUUCGACGUGGUGAUGAACGCCAAGCGCACCUUGCGUGAGCUGAAGAUCCUUAAGCAUUUCAAGCACGACAACAUCAUUGCCAUCAAGGACAUACUGAAGCCCUCUGUGCCUUAUGCAGAAUUCAAAUCGGUGUAUGUGGUCCUGGAUCUGAUGGAGAGUGACCUGCACCAGAUUAUCCAUUCCUCGCAGGCCCUCACCUUGGAGCACGUCCGCUACUUCCUUUACCAGCUCCUCCGAGGUCUCAAGUACAUCCACUCGGCCAACGUCAUCCACCGGGACCUCAAGCCCAGCAACCUCCUGAUCAACGAGAACUGUGAGCUGAAGAUCGGGGACUUUGGCAUGGCCCGAGGCCUCUGCACCAAGCCUGACGAGUACAAAUACUUCAUGACGGAGUACGUGGCCACCCGCUGGUACCGAGCCCCCGAGCUCAUGCUCUCCCUCCACGAGUACACCCAGGCCAUCGAUAUGUGGUCGGUGGGGUGCAUUUUUGCCGAGAUGCUUGGGCGGAAACAGCUCUUUCCGGGGAAGAACUAUAUCCACCAGCUGCAGCUCAUCAUCACUGUUUUGGGCACCCCACCCGCCAAAGUGGUCCACUCCAUCGGGGCCGACCGGGUUCGGGCCUACAUCCAGAGCUUGCCGUCGCGCCAGCCGGUGCCAUGGGAGAACCUCUACCAGAAUGCCGACCAGAAAGCCUUGGCGUUGCUUUCCAAGAUGCUGCGCUUUGAUCCACGGGAGCGCCUUUCGGUGGUGGAGGCCCUGAACCACCCCUUCCUGGCGAAGUACCACGAUCCGGAUGACGAGCCCGACUGUAUCCCAGCCUUCGAUUUCGACUUCGAUAAACAAGUGCUCACCAAGGAGCAGAUCAAGGAAGCCAUUGUGGCCGAAAUCAACGAUUUCCACGAGCGCCGGGAGGGCAUCCGGCGCCAGAUCAGCUUCAAGCCGGCCUUGCGGCCUGCUGUCGUCGGGGGUUACCCGGAUGAGGAUAGGCAGACCGCACUUCUCCGCUGCCAGGAUGUGGACAUGCCCAGCGCUGGCUCCCCUCGGGUGGGUGACGGCGACUUUGCGAUGGCCUCUCCUGGGCCGUAUCCGCUGACAGAGACCAUAGACCUUACCUCUCCCCUCGUAACCGAGCCUGUUCUGCAGCCUGAGGUGAAGGCGGAGGCCGAGGCCCCUGCGGCUCCACCAAAACGAGAGGGAGCCAUUUCGGAUGACACGAAGGCCGCCCUCAAGGCAGUCAUCUUGAAAUCCGCUCUCCGGAAUAAGAACAAAGACACAGCUUCCUCCGUCCUGGAGAUCCCCGAUAUCCGGAGGCCGAUCACGGCGAAGGAGCGCCAGCGGGAGAGGGAGGAGAAACGCAAGCGCCGCCAAGAGCGGGCCAAGGAGCGCGAAAAGCAGAAGAAGGAGAAAGAAAAGGAACGCAAGGACAUGUUGACGGAGAACGACCGGAACCUUCUGGAAAGGUGGACUAAAAUGGUGGACCGGACCCAGAACAAGCCCGCCCAGAAUGGGUCAACAGGCCUGCCGCAGACGACCGCGGCGGGCCAGAGCCUGCCUCAGGCUCCUCCUGCCAACCCCUUGCCACCUCGGGGGCCCCCUGCCCGGCGCAUUCCGCUUACCCCUUCGGGUAACACUCCUGCCCCAGCCGACUUCCUCACUUUCUCAGACAAAGCAGUGCCUACAAUGGCUCCUAAGCUCACUCUCGUCCCUGUGGGUCCAGAACUGGGUGCGGUCCAGGCUUCCAACGCCAACGUGGUCCAUUUCUUCCCGGCGCAGACCGCCCCGUUCUUGGUCGCUGCUCCGGCUUGCCCGAAAACCAUCCCCGCCAAGCCGGAGUGUCUCCUGAGUGUCAAAUACACCCCUGGACAGAUUUUCCAAGCCCCUUAUGGCGUCACGGCCCUGAACACGUGGAACAGCGUCCCCCAGCCAGAGAACUGGGCGGUGGCUGGGCAGCUGCCAGCGACUCGGGCCGAGAUGGCCCCGUCCAGCGGCGCAUUGCUGGAAGAGGCUGCGAGUUUUGGCGCGUCAGCUAGCGUGGAGCAACCUCUGUUUCUGGCAGAGAUGGGCAAGCCUGACCUGCCGUUGCCGUCCCAGGGUUUGGUUCAAGAGGACGCGAGAGCCCCCGACCAGCAGCCAACAGCCCCAGGACUGCCUUCAGAGUCUCCGGAUAUCAAUGUGGUGACACAGCAGUUGUCAAAAUCCCAGGUGGAAGAUCUCCUGCCGCCUGUCUUCUCUGGCACUCCGAAAGGCAGUGGUGCUGGUUAUGGAGUUGGGUUUGACCUGGAAGAAUUUCUGAAUCAGUCUUUUGACAUGGUGGGAGAGAACAGAGAGAGUCAAGGCGAUUCCGCCCCGCUGUCGGCCUCCCUUCUGGCUGACUGGCUAGAGGUCCAUCGCAUGAACCCGGCCGACAUGGAGUCCCUCCAGCAGGAGCUGCAGCUCGGCUCUCCCAUGAUCCUCUCUGAUAUUCCGGACCUGCAGGAUGCCUGAACAGCUGGGAUCCCGUCUGCCGUUUUCUUCCACUCUUGACGAAUUUUUAGCUGGAUGUGGGAAAAGAAAAAAAAAAGCAAGCAAGCAAGCAAGAAAAGAAGGGGCGAGCCCAUUUGUGGUGGCCUUGUUUGCCUUUCUAACUCCUCCGGCUGGGAACGUCACCGUAGUGCCUGUGACUUUUCUUUCCAAGCAGAAACUGAAUUGGGCUGGUGUUCGAACAAAGCGCUUUAACCAGAAAGGUCUGAGGCAGUUUUGGUACACCCACGUCAUCUGGCGUGUGGGUACAUGAUAGGAAGAAGGAGUGCAAGCUCUUCCUGCAGGGACUUCAAUCACAGCACAGCGCUGUGUUGCAUGUGUUGUGUGCUGUCGAUUGCCUUGGAAACAGGUGCCAAGUAAACUCCUUCCUGACCCCUCACUGUGUCUUCCUCACCUCACAGCCUGAAGGAGGGAAUAUUGCUUUCACACUUCAGAUAUUGAGACCUGUGUGUUUUUGUUUGUGUGUGUAUGUAUAGGGAGGGGAGCAGGCGUUUGGAUAAACGAAGGAACACUUGAGUAGAAAAUAAAUUGUAAUCUUCAUGAAAUAGCUGGAUGGUAAACUGAGUUUCAAACCCAUUCUGGACUACAGCUCCCAGAGUUCCCUGGGGGAGUUUGACUACUGCAGUCCAGAAGGUCUUGUUUACAAUCUCUGAUAGACAAGGUUGCCUUAUGGGGGAUAAAAGAACCUGCCAUAUUUUUUCGUGUAUAAGACUAUACUUUUGUCUAAAAUAUUUAGACUAAAA